UUUGCUGGUUUUAUUGAUUGCUUUAACACAUUGCAGUCGUAUUUUUUUUUAUAAAAUCACGCCAAAUUCUAAAAAAGAUACUUUAUAUGCAACAGACGAUCACGCUGAUUUGAAACCGUUUAUUUUAUUUGCUCACGCAUUUUCUGGUUGUGACACGACAAGUGCCAUAUAUGGAAAAGGAAAGAAAAGCCUCUUUUCUAUUCUUAAAAAAAAUUCAGAUCUACAGAAUAUUGUACAAACGUUUUACAAUGCUGAGAGUACAAUUGAAAGUUUAUGUAAAUCCGCGGAACAAAUAAUUGCUCAUUUAUAUAGCUUUAAAAAUUCGGACCAAUCGCUCAGUGAUGCUCGAUAUCAGAAAUUUACAACAUUAGCUGUUCAUGCCUCCGUAGAAAUUCGAUUAGCACAAUUGCCACCAACACAACCUGUCCUGCGUGAACAUGUCAAACGCACUUUUUACCAGAUACAAUCGUGGUUGAGCAAUGAAUUAAAUCCAGAAGACUGGGGCUGGAGACGAACGAGCACCAUGAUGGUACCUGUUAUGAACCCUGAGAAUUCAGCGCCUGACAAUUUGUUGACACUGGUAUCAUGUUCGUGUACUGGAGACUGCAAAACUGCUCGUUGCACUUGCCGAAAAUCGGGAUUACCGUGCACUCAGCUAUGCAAGCAUUGUGAAGGUCAAUCAUGCUCUAAUGUUGCCGUCAAUAGCAUCAGAAAUGAAAUGGGAAAUAUUGCUGGAGAGCAAAAUGAAGAUGACGAGAGACUACCAGUCAGCGAAUUCCUCAAUAUAGCUGCUGAAUUACAUCCUGAUGAUCCUGAUAAUUACGAUGAGAUAAACGGAAGUGAGGGCGAAGAAGAAGAAGAAGAUAUGGAAAUCGAAUAUAAUUUUUAUAAUAUGUAAUUGCAGAUUUUUUUGCUUAUUGAGGCCAAAAAAAUGGCUCUGAAAUUACCACUUCCCUAUUUCCUUUUUUGUAUCAACAUUGAAAUGUGAAAAAUCGAUUUUUUUUGGUAUUUUGUUCCUAAAACAAAAAUUUUUAAAAUAACGCUAAUCAGUCCAGUUGACGAAUUAUAGAGAAUCAAUGCACGAAUAAAAAACUUUGGAAUGCCCCGAUCCGUUCAUUAGUAAAAAAAAAACAAAAAAUGGUUUCAUGUCUUCAAUUUUAUUUACAUUUUCAGUUCAAAGCCGAUGAUGAGGCUUCCCAAAUAAUGAAAAUUCAUUAAAAGGGAGUCUGAGGUUUAAAAAAAAAAUUGAUAAGAAUUGACAAAUGAAGACUAAAGUUUGAGUUUCCUCUGUUGCAAUCAGAGUCAUGAAGUCUUAUUCAUUAGUUAUAUAAAAUGUAAAACGUAAAAUAAUUUUGCUAAUUCUUCUAGUCCUAUCAUAUACCUAUCAUAUAAUUCUUUUAGUUCCAUCGUAUCAUACAAGGAAUAUUUAUACUAAUUUUAAUAUUUUCAUUUGCUAGUUUUUGAAGAGCUGAAAUUUUUGUACAAUUCUAUUUUAGCAGGAUUGGAAAUCUCUUCCUAUCUUUUUCUAAGCCAAAAUAGGAUGAAAUUGUUACAUUGUCAUGCGUGGAAAUUAUGACAAACUUCUGAAUAAACUUUUAAACAUUUCCAAACUUUGUAAAACCUGAUUUUUUGAAAAAGUUGUAAUUCUUUAAAUGUGCGGAAAUCAUCUGUAUUUAUAUAUUUCUUCCAGAAGAUCCUAUUGCAUAAAAAAAUAAAAAUAAAAAUAGCGGUUCUGAUAUAUAUUCAAAAAUAGCGGUCAUGGCCACAAAAUAGUACAGAGUGUCUGAUAUAUAUAAUUAUUGUAGAUACUACAAUAAAUCAUCAUUAUAGUAUAACAUUUUUUUAAAUAGAUAAUAAUAGUACAUUAUAACACUAGGACGAAAAAGUUUUUCGUACGCGUGUUAUACGAAAUUUUAUAU